UAGUAUGCUUUUUUUUAAAGAAGGAAGUUGGCGAUAGAUAAUUUGAAAUAGUAAGUUGUUUGUUUCAUAGGAACUGGUUUUAAAAUUAUAUAUUUAUUUUUUAUAAGUUUAUCUUAUACUUAUUGCAGUGGGGCUGUUAUAGUAGAGCUCCAAUUAAUCAAUUAAUUAUUAUAUAUUAAAUAAGCAUAAAACCUACAUCAAAAACCAUUCUUAAUUAAACAUUUAAUAUUUCUCUCAACAUGUAUAGUGCAACCAGUAGAAACUGCAACUUAUCAGUACUUUAGGGUGAUAGGAUAUCAACCCUAUUAAUAACUAAUACUUCUAAAAAAUAGCAAAGAAGAGGUCAGCAGAAUAGUAGGUUACUGUUAUGGCCAUUGUUAGUUAAAAUUAAAAAUACAACUAAUGGAUAUUGGUCCUAAAAAAAUAUGUUUUUAAUUUAAUUACUCGGUUAAAGUACAUUAAAAAUGUAAUCCUGCAGAGACAAUGUCAGAAGUAAAAUUAGUUCCUUUCAGCUGACAGUAUUUUUUUUGUAUCGUGUUUUUUGGUAUUAACCGUUUUUAUUAAUUUUUGUUACUUGCGCAAAUAUUCCAAAAUUUCUAGUUUUGAUAAAUAGGAUAUAUGCAUAAAUAAAUUGAUUAUGAUCGAUGAGGAUGUGGCCUGUAUUGAAAUUCAGGAACCAUUUCUUAGCUACGAAUAUAAAGGAGACAGAGACAAGGACGAGGGGAAAAGUGGACUCGGUACCCACAUUUGGACUUUUACAAAAGUUAAGCAGAAAUACGAGGGUAACUUUUUCCAAAACACCCUCCACGGUUUCGGCGACUUAUUAAUUGAAAAACAAUUUCACUACACGGGAUACUUUUUUGCAAAUUGUUACGAGGGUUACGGAAGAAUAAAAUACUUUAACGGUAAUAUUUUUGAAGGAUUAUUUAAGGACAACAAAAAGUUCGGUCCAGGUGUCUUCACCUAUCCUUUUGGCGCACAAGACGUCGGCUUUUGGGCAGGCGGAUCUUUGAUAAGACUUUGCUGUAACAACUCAGUUGACUUAAUACCCGAAAUAACUCGAAGCUAUGACGGUAAAAAAUAUAUUCAAAAAUUUAAGAAAGCAAUUACAUUUCAAUAUCCCCCUUUUGACGAGGCAAAAGAUAUAUUAAGAAAGUUAAACGUUGACGAAAGUGAUGGUAUAGCUGAAAGAAAAGAUGAACUUUACAAUCGUUUUUUAAGGCAGAAAUGCAGCCUGGCGUUUGAUAACAACAAAUUUGAAAAAAUGUAUUUUGCAGCCCCAGCUUGCGAAGAUAAUCCCAUGAUCACAGAAUCAUCCUCUUUGAGUAAUGAGUCUGCAGUAUCGUGGGAAGGGGAUUGCCCUUUGAAAAGUUUGUUUACCAAAGAAAUAUUGUUACAGGAGAUUAAAGACCAAAUUGAAAUCGUUGAUGUUUUGGUUUAUUAUCUUCAGUUACAGAAACAAAGUAUCGAACAGGAUUCCACAGAAAAUUUAUAUGUGAGCCACGAAGAGGACGAAUACGUCGAUGACUAUGGCAGUUACAAUACAGAAUAUAUUCUGAAAAACUUGGAAGAAUUACACCCUUGGCUAAAAGAUUCUAUAGAAAACAUUGAAAUUGGUCUUCAAGGCAAUGGACUUUCCACUUUUCAGAAGAAAAAAUUUGAGUCAUUUGAAGAUUCCUUAGAAAAUUUGGAAAGAAUAAAUCAUCUUUUUCUACUCAUGGAGCAACUCAAACUUUACCUCACUAACAAAUACGAACAACUAGCAACCAAAAAGAACCGAGAACGAAAGCGAACAGGAUCUUCGAAUAAAGAAAACGAAGAGUUUUCAAAUUCCGUUUUAGAAGUGCGUUCGUGGAACAAUAACCAGUGGAUAAUCGAUAUGGUAGCUCAUUGUCAUCAGUAUAAACAAAAAGAAGACACUUUAUCAUUUGAUAUAUCAGACUUUCGUAACAGAUUAAAUUUCUCAGUUUGUGGGCCCCACGAAAGCGACUGUUUAUGUUUCAUGCUACAGUGCGCUUUCGGUCGCACUAUCGAUAUUAUAAAUCUGUGCAAAAGAAGUGUAAACCCGAACGUAUCAAAUUGCAAAGGGAACUCAGGUGUUUUCUUUGCCGUGGCGUUCGACAAUAUUAAAGUGUUAAAAGCAUUGACAGAGUUGGGGGCCGAUUUGAAUGUGUACAACGACGAAUGCCUCACCCCAUUAAUUCUAUCAAUUUGCCGUUUAUUAGCGUUGAUGUACAAUAUCAAUGACUGGGAAAAAGCAUUUAUGCCUUCUAGUGUCAGCACGUCUCCAAAACAACAGGAGAGUACAAACGAUCUUAACUUAUGGCAUCUUCACUCACAAUCUGAGGAAAGUGGCAACAGCAGGUUUAUUUUACCGCCAAGCAUUGAGAAGAAAAUCUUCGAUAAUAAGCAAACUUUGGAUCGUAAAUCGGUGGGUCACCAGGAGUUUAUUUUGAGCACAGAAUGCCGUAAAGUGUCGCUGAAGAAAAUAAAAAAGAAUAAAAAAGACAAAAAGGGUUCGAAGAAAGGUAGGGACAAGAAAGAAAAAGAU